GUCAAAAUUCAUGAAAGAAAUUGUCAAAUUAUAGAAGCGAUUCAAUUCAUCACUGGAAUUUUCAACGUUAAGAAUUUACUUAAUUAUUUUCAUAAGAUUAAAGUUGAGUCCAUUAGAAUAGAGUAUGCUAAAAUAUUUUCUAAUAAGCGAAUAAUAUUUCAAAAUGGGUGACAGAGACCUUUCUAUGGGUCCUCGAGAAGGUGUAACCUAUCCCAUAAAGGUUCAGUACUGUGGGAAUUGUUCUAUGCCGAUAGAAUACUGUGAAUAUUAUCCUGAAUACGAUAAAUGCAAGCAGUGGUUAGAAAAAAACCUGCCCACAGAAUUUGAAAAAGUAAAAAUCGAUGAAGAAGAGAAUGCUGGUGGGGAAGAAGAAAAGAAGCGUCAGAAGAGGGGCGGUAAAGGCAUGCUGAAAUCAAAGAAAAAGGAAGAUGUUCCCAAGCUAGUGCAGGUGUCUAGAGCUCCUCGUGGCAAGAAGAAAUCUGUUACUGUAGUAUCUGGACUGAGCACGUUCGAUAUUGACUUAAAAGUAGCAGCAAAAUUCUUUGGCACAAAGUUUGCCUGUGGCUCUUCGGUUACUGGCGAUGAUGAGAUUGUAAUUCAGGGAGAUGUGAAAGAUGAUCUUUUUGAUAUAAUUCCUGAGAAAUGGCCUGAGAUUGAUGAAGAUAGUAUUGAAGACUUGGGAGAUCAAAAAAGAUAGUCACAACUUUAACAAAUUAAAAUUAUUUGAUAAUGCUUUAAUUAAUAAUGGUCAAAGUAAUGCAGGCUUGGUUCCUAUCCUGCAUUUACAAUGUGAACAUCUAAGCAAUCCAUUGGAACAGUAAAUAACUUGUAAAAGGAAGAGAAGACCACUCAAAUGAUCCUAAUAUUUAUUAAUUGGAACAUUAUCACUUUUUUUCUUAUUUAUUUUAUGACCUUCAUAAUUUGAAUAAAGAUGUGGACAGAUGGUAUUUGUAUUACUUAA